AUGUUAGUUGAGAAAAAAUUUUUAAGGAAGUGUGUCGAAGGAAGAAUAAAAUUGUCUCGUGAAACGAUCAAACAAGAGGAUAUUCUGUUAUCGGUGUUACCAAUGCAUAUUGCAUUUGAUGUCAAAAAGGAUUUCGCCGGUGGAAAACAGAAAGCAACGAUGUUUCAUAAAAUAUACAUAACAAAACACGAAAAUAUUAGUAUCCUGUUUGCUGAUAUAUGCGGUUUCACGGCAUUAGCAUCUGAAUGUAAUGCCGAAGAGUUGGUGAUGAUGUUGAACAAUCUGUUUGCUCGAUUUGACGUUCUUGCCAACAAACAUCAGUGUAUGAGGAUUAAAAUCUUAGGCGAUUGCUAUUACUGUGUAUCCGGUAUACCAGACAAAAACGAGUAUCACGCACACUGUGCAGUUGGAAUGGGACUAGAAAUGAUUGAAAAUAUCAAGCUUGUAAGAGAAAUAACUGGGGUUAAUGUUGACAUGCGUGUCGGUAUCCACUCAGGACGAGCACACUGCGGUGUAUUAGGACUUAAAAAGUGGCAGUUUGAUGUCUGGAGUGACGAUGUCACUUUGGCUAAUCAUAUGGAAAGCAGUGGUAAACCAGGUCAAGUGCAUAUAACAGAAGCUACGCUACGUUAUCUUGAUGGUGCAUACAAUGUUAUUCCGGGUGAAGGAAAAAAACGCUCAAAAUAUCUGGCUGAUAGAAACAUUGAAACUUAUUUUAUAGUUGGUGAUGAGAAAACGGUAAAACCGCCACUGUCACGUAUUGGAUCCAUUGCAGAAAAGCGUGAUAAAGGAUUGCGAAUAACCGGCUAUGGCAGUGGAAGUACUCGGCGUGGCAAUCGAAUUGGACCCGAAAAACAACCAUUGGAAACUGAAGUAGAAAGUUUCUUAUUGCAAGGCAUCAAAGCAAUCAAAAAGGAAAAGUGGCGUAACGAACAUUGCAAAAAAUUUACGCUGGAAUUCAAGAAGAACAAGAUGGAAGAUAAGAGAGUUUUUGAAUGCAGUUUGUUGAUCGUUUUAUCGAUAUGUGCUUUUCAUUCACUGUUGGCCAGUCAAAAGGUGUUCAUCUCGUUUCUGAUCGGCAUUAUUUUUUUGAUAUUUUUGUGGUUAUUUGAACAACGACGACUACAUAUUCGUGAAUUUUUGGUAUGGCGUGACGCAAAUCCCGAUUUUCAUAAUGUAUCUUUGUACGAACAAUUUGUUGGUUAUUGCAGGUCUCAAAGUCCAUUCAGUGAUUUACGAGUAUUCAUGACUAUCAUAUCGCUGUUCUCAAUUCUUUUGACUGCUAUUCAAAGCCACCGUUCAGAACUUAUUGCUCGCUUUGAUUUCAUAUGGAAACUUAAGGCUCUAUCGGAAGGCAAAGAAAUGGAAAUACGUCAUGAUCAAAACCGUCAAGUAUUACAGAAUAUAUUACCAGCCCAUGUCGCUGAAUAUUUUUUAAAAGAUGACUCUUCACAACGGCCAGACUUUUUGUACCAUGAAGGUCGUGAUAAUGUGGCUAUUAUGUUUGUUACAAUAACUGAAUUUGAUAAAUUCUACCAAGAAUUAGAUGCAAACAACGAAGGUGUUGAGUGCUUAAGGGUGCUCAACGAAAUUAUUGUCGACUUUGACAAUCAACUGUCAUGCGAAGAGUUCAAGUGCAUUGAAAAAAUUAAAACCAUUUCGACCACAUAUAUGGUAGCAGCUGGCUUGACAGGAAAAGUAAAUGGAAAUGAUCAUGUUGUCGCCGUCGUACGAUUUGCAUUACGACUCUUCGAUGCAAUUCGGAAUAUCAACGAACAUUCUUUCAAUAAUUUCAAUCUACGCGUUGGCAUUAAUGUUGGGCCACUGGUUGCUGGUGUAAUCGGCGUUAAGAAGCCGCAUUAUGAUAUAUGGGGUAAUUCGGUGAAUGUUGCCAGCAGAAUGGAUAGUUCUGGGAUUCCUGGAAAAAUACAGGUAACUGAAGAGGUGAAGAAAAUUUUGGAAGAAGAAGGCUUUGAACUGGAAUGUCGCGGUACUAUCAAAGUCAAGGGUAAAGGCGAAAUGGUGACGUAUUUCUUGAAGGUUCCGAAAGAUGAGUCAAAUGGUGAUCUUAGUUAA